GGAGGAGCUUUCCGGACGAUCUUUUCCCUAACUCAGGAACUGAAUCUGCCCUGCUGCUGCUUUGCAGGUCCACCCUCAUCUCAAUAUAAUAAUGGCUGUCCCCAUUUUCAAGUCCUUUGUCACUGAGCAAGAGGUAGAGGAGGUGAAAAAGAAGCGGCAAGAAGAGUGGGAGAGAGUGAGGAAACCCUCUGACCCAUUAGAGCGCCCUGAGGCUGCAGUUGACAACCGAACACUGUACGAGCGUCUGAAGGAGCAGAAAGACCAGAAACAAGAGGAAUUUACGGAGAAGUUCAAGUUCAAGAACAUGAUCUACAAGGGAUUGGACGAUGAUGAGUCCGUCUUUCUCACACAUGUGGCUGAGAGGAGGGCGGAGCACGAGGCGGACGUCAUUCGCUCUGAGAUCAGCGAGGUCACCGCUUACAGGGAGGCGGUCUCCAAACUCCAUGAUGACGACAUUGAGCCCACUGUCAAGGACGUGGGUGAGGGGAGCACCGAAGGCAAAGAUAAAACAGCGCAGCUGGUGGUGAAAAAGAAUAAAUCAAAGAGCCAGCUGUCGUUAAUUGCCGGCUCCAUCAAGACUAAGAGAAAGAGAACUUCAAGUGAUUCCCGUGAAAGCAAAGAAGCAGCUUCUGGUCGUGAAAGUGAAUCUACCCCCGAUAAGAAAGCUAAGUUAUCCGAUGCCCAAGCUUCUUGUGAGAAUACUAGUACAACUGUAAGUAGUUCAGCUAGCUCUCAGUUAGGGGCACUGUCGGGACUAGCAGCUUACUCUUCUAGCGAGUCUGAUAAUGGUGACUAAUUAGUGUGUUGAUCAUUGUCCUGCUUCUUGUUUAUAUAAACAUUUCAUGUUUUGUUUAGUCAGUUAAAAUAACAUUG